AUGUUUUUGCUCCAACAGCACAAACGGGAACACAUAGACCGAGUGGCCCACUUGCAGGAUCAAAUGCACCUUUUGCUCCACGACAGCGACGGCUUGCAGCAGAUACAAGCCCUUCAUCCUUAUCUGAGACACUUCGAGUACUACAACACUUCGGUGGGUCGAAUGGAUUUGGAUGAAAAUGGGGACCUGGUGACUGACUUAGACAUUGUGAAUGUGAAGAUGUUUUCCAAUGCUUCCUCCCAGAUGACGCUGCCUUUUUCCAGGUGCACCAAAAGCUGCGUCCCUGGACAAGUGAAAGUGGUCCUGGAAGGAGAGCCCAUUUGCUGCUAUGCCUGUUCUCCAUGUGCAGCAGGAACCAUCUCCACUCAGGAAGAUGCAGAACGUUGCACCAAGUGCCCAGAAGAUCAUCACCCCAACACGGCCCACACUCAGUGCAUUCCCAAAAAUAUUGAGUUCCUAUCUUAUGGGGAGACUUUGGGGAUUGUCCUUGUUUUCUUGACCCUGUUGUUGUCCAUAACCACAAUACUGAUUUUAGGAAUCUUCAUUAAAUACAUUGAUACUCCCAUAGUGAAAGCCAAUAACCGAGACCUCACCUUUAUUCUACUUGUCUCCCUCCUGCUUUCCUUUCUGUCCUCCCUUCUAUUCAUCGGCCAGCCAAGGAUGGUGACCUGCCUUCUCCGACAAACCACCUUCAGCACCAUUUUCUCCGUUGCGGUCUCUUCUGUGUUGGCCAAAACCAUCACUGUGGUGGUGGCCUUCAUGGCCACCAAGCCAGGAAACACAAUGAGGAAAUGGCUGGGGAAGAGGCUGGCGAUCUCAAUUGUCAUUUUGUGUUCCACCUUUCAAGCUGGCUUCUGUGCUAUCUGGCUGGGUAUCGCUUACCCGUUCCCAGAGUCUGACAUGCACUCCCAUCGAGAACAGAUCACACUGCAGUGUAAUGAAGGGUCUGUGGCCAUGUUUUAUGGUGCCCUGGGCUAUAUGGGCUUUCUGGCUGUCCUCUCUUUCACGGUGGCUUUCCUGGCCAGGAAGCUUCCUGGGGCCUUCAACGAAGCCAAGCUGAUCACCUUCAGCAUGCUGUUGUUCUGCAGUGUUUGGGUGUCCUUUGUUCCCUCCUAUCUGAGCACAAAGGGAAAAUACAUGGUUGCCGUGCAGGUCUUCUCCAUCUUGGCCUCCAGCACUGGGCUGUUGGGUUGCAUCUUCAUCCCCAAAUGUUACAUUAUUGUAGUGAGGCCUGAUCUCAACAUCAAGGACCAUCUCAUGAUGAAAAGUUAA